GUUGUUUAUUACUAUAUUUCAGUUUCAGAAAACAAUUGGCCUACCGUUCUUAACGUUAUUAUUAUAAGUAAUAAGCAGUAUUUAGUCUAGGUUUCCUCUCGUUACUUUCUACUCAUUGUUUCAUUUAUACAACUUUUUACAAUUUUCAAGAUUCCAUUGUGCCUCAAUUAAACCAUGGCAGCAUUGACUGUUAAGGAACUUGCAUCUUUGCUCAGGUAGGGUAAUUUUCUCGCUUGGUCUUAAGUCUUGAGUCUUAAGACUAAGACUAUUAUAUAAUUAAGACUAAGAGUCUUAGUCUUACUCUUACUCUUACUCUUAGUCGUCUUAUUUUAGUCUUGACUUAAACUUAAAUUAAUAAAGAUACAGUCAAAGUAUUAUUAUAAAGACUUAAAGUCAAACAAAUCUUUUUGAAAACACCUCGAUUUUAGAAACUUGCGGAGCGGUAGCAAACUGUAUAGUGUGGCAAAGCCAUAGGUCUGCGUUUACCCUUUUUCAUGACCGAAUUUUGUUUCCAGAAUGGCAUGGCAUGUGCUAUUCUCAGGGUAAAACACGACGUUUUCUCACAGAAACCUUUGCACAAUGGGCAUUGGACAGGAUUUGCACUAUGUCAAAGUUUAUGUAUUUGUUGUUGUUGUUUUUUUUGUUAAGAAAUCGAUCCUUGCCGUGGAGUGGGGGGUGGAGGUGAGUUAUGGGCAGAGGCUGAACCAAAAAGGGGGCAUUCACAAAUCACGGUUCAGGAUAGGCAUAGGGGUUGUCCACAAAGGACGUCCGCACAACAAACUUACCUUUUGCACCCCCCCCCUAUCCGCCAGCAUUUUUUUACUAAUGUGUAAUGCCAAUGUAAAACUAAAUCAAUGAUAUUUAAUUAUUGUUAAAAGACUUUCAAAAAUCACUGCAGUGUUUCGUAUUUAUCAUCAUACUGUUGUUUUGUGUUGACACAUGCUUGGUAUCACAAUGACAAUGCCUCGGACAACUUUAAUUUUACGACUUCAUGAUCAAUGUAUGAGUAUGUGAUUCUCUUCCUGUAGUGUAUUUGUGGCGUAAUUAUAUCUUGGUGCUAACAAAAUAGAUUCACUGUCUUCCCAUUCAUUUUUACACCAUGCCCCGAGGGAUCAUAUACAGUGUUAUAUUUAUAAUGCCCCCCCCCCCAAAAAAAAAAAAAAAACCACAAAAAAAAACAACAACUGGGUGGGCAUGAGAGAAUAAUUUCAAAUUAAUAUUCACAAUCAUAUGAUAAAACUUACAAAAAUAUAUUUGUAUUUCAAUAUAUUGGGGGAGGGGGGAAUAAAGUGGUUAACUUUAAAAAUAAAUCAUGGUUUAACAUUACACCCCCAGCCCCCUCCCUUUCAAAAAUAAUAAGAAAUGCUUUACAUGCACUUUGCCACAAAAGCGUGGAACUUACUCAAUAUCUUCCCAAGGUAAUAAACGAAUUUUAAAUAGUUUUCAGUUUUAACACGAGUAUAACAUUAAAUCUACAAGUACCGGAUAGGCCAAAAAGUUAAAGACUCGCAAAGACCAUAGUUUUGCUACUUUAAAUCGUUGCGGUGUACGCAGGCCACAGACCAUGAUUUAGCUAGGUACACCGCCGUGGUGUACGCAGGCCAAAGUCAAUAGUUUCGCAAGGUACACCGCCGCGGUGUACGCAGUGCCCGCCUUAAAAAUUUAGUUCAAACUGUUGGUCAAAACCCUAUGACCUAUGCCCUAAUUAAGGCUAAGCUGCUAAUACCAGUGUUGGGAUUCCCCAAAGUGACAUCACUGCGCUUUGGGUAAAACAUCUCUUGGCAAAAACUAUGCCGCUAACUGACUACACAUUUUUACCAAAUUGUCCAAAUACACUAAAACUAAUGAUAGUGGACAUUAGUAUUAGGAAGCAUAAUUAAAUUCCCUAAAACUUUGUAUAGUCAAUAGUGAUACCUUUUUAAUGUCAUUAAUAAUGAUGUGUACAAAUCAUGACAUUCAUGAUUGAUAUUCAUUGAUAACAUUCCAGAUCUUUACUGAGCAUUCAUAAGCACAAGCUGACAGUCAAUACAGUUAAUAUGGAGAAAUGAUUUGAAACAAAAUUUUCCAUUCAUUUUUAUUAAAAUUUUAACAAUUUAGCUCCCAAGGUUCAAAAGAAAUAAAAAGAGAUGACCUCUGGAAAAAAGAAGGGGCCGUCCAUAACAGAGUUCACGAAAAUUGAGCCAAUGUUUUCCCCCCUCCCUCAUUGUCACAAAAAGUUAGAAUCCUCACAUGGUGAGGAAGACUCAGAAAAUAAAUUUCAUAUGCUGCAAUUGCUAGUCUAGUUGUUUUGCCUUUAAUUUUAACUUUAAAAAUAAAAUUAUUUUUAUGCACUUUGAAUAGCAGCAGUAAAUGUUUUCUUCUGGUGAAUUUUGUUUGCGCAUUACUUGUAUUUGUAAUAUUUUUCUUUUUUCUAGAAAGUUAAUCAACUAAAUAAAAUGACAAUAAAUAAAUAAUUUAAUUAUUUUAAUCUUUUAAUUUUUAUUACUAGUUAAUUUAUACGAGAAGUGGCGUGGUGUUGCUGGAAAUGUUUAGAAGUUGAGAGGGGAUGCAACACUGCAAAAAAUGUAAGAAUACCUGGCCUAGAGCAUUUACUAAAGUCAACCCCCCACCCUCCAACAUUUUUUGUUUUAUCUCACUUCCCGUGAUAUCCCAAAGUAUGAUUUCCGUCUCCUCAUUUUGACACUCAUUCUCAUGAGUGUCAAAGUCACUAUACCCCGAAUUUUCUCCUCUGUGGCAUCUUGUAACUUGAUCAGAUGCCAUUUCUUGGACCUCACUUGCCUGUACUGAAUCAUCUAGAGAUCAUAGUUUGAAAAAAAACUUUUAUAAUUUUUGUAUAAAAGAAUAAUGUUAAAAAUGUCUGUAAUUUUAUGUUAUGAAGUGCAUUUUUUUACUAUAGAUGUCACAUUGCUUUAACCUCCCCUACCCUCGUUACAAAUCGUCACAAAAAUGUGACCUUCUUAGACACAUGACAUCAUUUAUGGAUGGCCCCUGAAAAACAAAGUACACAUAUGCUAUUCAUUUCUAUAUUGUGGUAAUUUAACAGGACAUUUUAACAUAACUUUCUGGGGAAGGGAGAGCCCUCCCCAUAUUCUCUCCUCCACUUUCAAGACAAAAUAAAUAAAAUGAGAAAAAAACUUUCAUCAAAGAAAUACAGAGCUAAAUUAGAAAUCUUUUGAAAAACGGAACUAUGUCCUGUAGUUGACCUGGGGAAACUCCAUAACCUAUAUGCAGUGAAAGACAUUGCUGGCCUUGCCACUAACUGCAUUUUAGCGGCAUAUUUAAUUACUAACCACUAAUUUUCACGAUGCAAUGUUGGUGCUGUGACCAAAUAUUGUAGUCUGGGGUUUCCAAAGACACUGGCUUUUCAGCAUCCUUUUUAAGAAAACUUUACAGAUUUGCUCAGAAUCCGACAGGUUGAUGAGAUUUAAAAAAAAAUUUAAAAAAAUCGGUUCUCGCAUGGACGUUCAUAAGAGUUAUUCUAGAGCAAUGGUUCUCAAUCUUUCCAAUGCCGCGACCCUUUAAUACAGUUCCUCAUGUUGUGGCGACCCCCAGCCACACAAUUAUUUUUAGUUGGUACUUUAUAACUGUAAAGUAUAUAUGUUUUCAAAUGGUCUUAGGCGACCCCUGUGAAAGGGUCGUGCAAAACCCAAAUGGGUGGUGACCCACAGGUUGAGAAACGCUGCUCUAGAGGAUUCCAGAGGGAAAAGUCUGAAAUCCAAGGUGGGUCCAAAAAUGAUAAAAAAAUAUCCAGUCGACAGGUCAGCUCCUGAGCAAAUUGUUCAACUGGUCAAGUUUGCCAGAAUUCCAUCAGGCGUCAGGAAACCUGACUAUGACAAUAUGUUUUAUGCGUUUGAAUUUGUUAUGUAUCUUGUCACGUAAAUAGGUGGAAAGCUAGGUCAUCCAAACAAGUAUGUAAUAAUAAACAUGUAUUUGUGACAAGAGUGUCUAAUUUUAUUUAUUUUUUUAUGAGUUCUGAUGAAAGAAAGGGUGGGGUAUAGGACAAAAAUGUUAUAAAAUAGUGUACGCCCUUAAUUAAUUAUCAGAUAUUUUCGUUUCUGAAGAGCUUGUUAUAGUAGUGGUUCAAUAAUCCAUAUUUCAGCUCUUCAGUAAAUAAGUUAGCUUCAUCAUAUUCUGUUACAGUGUAUUGUCAGAAGAUGCCACACAAGCGCAGACUUUUGAAAGUUUGGCCAAUACCUUUCAUCAUUAUUUCACAAAUAAGCAAGAUCAUUUUAAAGUUGGACAAGCAUUGGUAAUGUACACCUGUUAAAGCUGCUUAAAACUUGUUACUUCCAUUAUUUUAUAUGAUGUUGAUUAUUUUUGCAUUCUUCUAAUUAAUUGCCAUACAUUUAUUCUAUAUUCAUUUUUGAAGCAAAAAUAUUGUUAUCUGAUCCUUAGGUGCUUCUGCUUCAACACAGAGAUCUACUCCCACACCAAACACAGAAGUUGGCAGCCGUUUUCAUUCUCUAUGAAAUGUACAAGACUGAUCCAGUAUCUGCUAACCCAUUUGCAGCUGUCUUUUUAAAUCUUUUGGUAAAAUUAAAUUUUCUAGACCAGUGUUUUGCCAAGUCAGCGAUAUCCUCCUGCUCAAGAUUUCUGAGAGAUAGGGGGGGGGGGGCAAUGGUAGUUUUAUCAGAAUAGGCCUUUGAGAUGGCUUUGAGACUUUAGUAAUACUUUAUAUUAGAUAUUGGACUGUGAAAAAAACAACAACAUUUUAUCGCAUUGUUAUCCUAUUUUAAGGGAGUUGGAUUCAGGGUAUCAUAAAAUAAAUACCGGUAAUCUUAAUUUAUGUUAAGUUUGUGUCAUUAUGCAUAUUCAUUAUUUAAUCUGUAAUGUUAAGUACGUAAAUUUGAAUCUCACUUUUUAGCAAGAAAGUCCAGAAAGGAAAGAGUCCAACCCUUAUGAUCUGCAAUCGUCCAUUCCUCCUGUGUCUGCAGCAGAGAGAUACUUCCUUUCUAACCUUAUUUCAAGUACAUCCAAAGAGGUAGAUGCCAACAUGAUAAGACUUUACAUAAUAAUAAUAAUAAAGUUCAUUUCAAAAACACGCUUCAUCCCCAAAGGCUCGAAGCGCGGUACAAAGUCAACAAAAAACAAAUCUAUAGUUUACCACAUUUAAAACAAACGCAACACGACAAAAAUCAACACGACAAAAACUAAGUACAAGCAUACAAUGGCAAAGUCUUUCUAGCCAUUUCAACCAUAAGCAACACAGCCAUUAUGCAUUAACUGGAAAAUAAUGUUGACAAUCAUCCCAGAAGGUGUUUGCGAAAUAGAUGUGUCUAUUGUCUUAAAAAAUAUGCAUAAUUUUUGUAUGAAUAAUCUUCCCUUUGCUGGGUGUGCAUGCAACAAUUUAACUUUCUUCCAUGGUCAUCUAAAGUGUUAUAAAACUAGAGCAGUUGUCUGUCAUUGGGAUUUUUUGCAAUGAAUAGAGGAACUUUCAAACUGUAUAUGUUACAAACAAGUAAAUUAACACUAGGGUUGUACAAACUGUACAAUUACCAAUAAAUUGGCUUUGCUGAAUCAUCGGUCCAUUAUUUAUUUGGAUUUGAAAAUGCAUGUUGUUAUUAAUUCUAGAAAAUGACGAUUCAUUAUGAAUCGCAAUUGUAGAAAUAAUAUUGGGUUACUGGGAGUUAGAGUUACUAAUUAUUUGUACAAUAUCAGGUUAAAGUAUGCAUGUCUCUGAUUGCUCCCGUGAAAGCUUGACAGUUUUCUUGAAAAUUAGGUUGAAUGUAUGCCAUUAAUGAGCUUAUUGCUUAUGUCGAAAACUAUACUUAUUCAAUUAUCAAUAUAAUAGCUGAUUAUUUUUUGUAAUUUUUGUUAUCAGGAGAAAAUAAUUAAAAAAAGAAAGUGCCUUUCAUAAUAUAUAUAUAUAAUAUAUAAAUAUUUUCAUGAUUUUUUUACUAAAAAUUUUUUUCCAAACCAUGGGAAAUUGAUCAUAAUACGUUUCUUUAAAAUAGAUAUCAAUACUCAAUAGUAUCCCCUCAUCCCAAGAGUAAAAUGUAUUUAAUAAAAUCAAGUUUUUGAUGCACAGGGCAUUAAAUGCAUGCACAAACUAUAAAAUUAAUUAAAUAAUCUGAGCUUUUGGUAUAAUGUGGUUUUAGACAUUUAGAAAUAGCGGAUAGGAAAUAACCAGGUAAAAAGAUCAAAAGUCUUGAUAUCUCAUAGAAAAAGUGUUUUCAUGAGGCAUCCACAGAUUAUUGUGUAAACACUGGCAAAUUAACAGAAAGAAAAAAACAACAAUGGACAGUGAUAUAAUAAUAUUAUAUUAUAGCUUGUUUACAAGUGAUGCACAGUUGAUAUUUGUCAUUAAUUUUAUAAAUAAACAAAUUAGUUGGUAAAAGAUAUGGUCAAUAUAUCUCCUUAAAAUGGCUUAACUUACAAUAUGAGCAUGUAACAUUGUACUUAACAUAGCUGCUAAUUUUAUAAUUUCAUUGAUUCCUUUUAAACACUUCUAACUGUGGGAGGAUGAGAAAGAUCACACAAGAAGUAUUAAGGAGACCUUGGUACUGGGAGUGUACUCAAUAAGAAGACUUGACAUAAAGUUUUCUUGUUCACUAAUAGAAGAAUAAUUAAAAUAUUGUAAAUAAAUUUUUUUUUAGAAGUAAUUUUCAAUCAUAAUCUGAAAUAUCUACUCCUUCAGUUAAGUUUUGAUGGCUUAUUGCUAGUACCUAAAUGAAGCUAUUUUUAUGGAGAGUAAAUUGGAACAGUUCUAUUUUAUAUUUUCAGCUUUUAAAAAAAACACCAGCACAAAUUAUCCAAAUAGAUGUGACAGGCAAGCAGCCAAUGGAUAUCAGCCAGACUCAAUUGUUUAUUGUCCAAAGGCAAUCAGAAAUGCCACACACUAGCAAAACUGCAAUGAGUUGUGUGUUAGCUGAUCCUGAGACCAAACCAAGCAGGUGAAAAUUUUUUUUCACUAUACACUGUGUCCGGGAAAAAAAGGGAAAGCCUUUUGAUAAUGAUUGGUCAAUGGAGAGUGCAUCUCGAAACACAAACUAUAGUUUAAUAAAAAUUUAACAUUAUGUUAGAAUUAAAAUGAAUUUUGGAAUUCAAAAAAUUGAUUAAUACUGACCAUUAGUUUCCAUCAUUAUGAAGGGGGUUCCCUUUUUUCUGGACACAAUUUUGAUGGACAUGCAGGAAUAUUCUUGUGUGCUAUCUGUGGUCUUGAUUAUAAUCUCUCUUCGUUCAGGUUAUAUUUUACAUGUCAUCACAUGUUUAUUUUUAAUUAGGAAAGUUUCCAGGAAAUUUCUUCAUUCAUCUUAUGUCCAGGAUAAAUUAAUUCAUCUUCUAAAUUAUUUAAAAAAAAAAAAAAUUAAAUAGCUUGACAAUAAAAUUUAAUUAAGUGAAAUAAAAGUAGUCUUAAGAAUAAGGUUAGUUAUUCAAUGACCUUUGGUUUCUUCUUUUCGAAACCAGCUUUGAGCAAUUCGGAAAACCCAAUCUGAUUAAUCCAGACAUUCAGAGGGAUGUAGCUGAAAGUUUACUGACAGGCAAUAAAUGUGCUGUUGACAGCACACUAAGACCUGAGUUUAUCAGACUUGCCCCUCCCUUACAUAUAGCUGAUGAUGAGGUACUAUCAAAGUAUUCAAAGCACUAUCUUGACUUUCAUAUUCAUCUUAUUUUUUUUUUCCUUCAAAUUUUGCUUCACUUUGAAAAAAAAAAUUGAAAUGAAAUAAAAAAAUAAAUAUAUUUGAUAAACAAGGAUAUAUUUAAACGAUUAAUUUAUCUUUAAUAAAAAAAAAAUUAAUGACUCUUAAUAAAUAUAUCAGAUAUUUAGCUCUAAUUUUGUAAGCAUUGGAAAAGGAAGAUGAAUGUUUAUGCUUUAUAUUCUAGUUGCAGUUAUAUAUGGUUGGAUAAAAUUGAAAUCUCUUUUUCAGAUGGCAUGGAUGCUACCCACCGACAAUGAGUUUAAUAUAGCAUGGGACACAACUAUGUGUGUAAAUACAUCCACUGGAGUUGAAGUGAGACGUCUAAUGGCUAAAGCUUUCAAAGGCGCUUUAUCUCCCCCACAACAGCAGCAAAUUAAAAAAGAGCUAGACAAAGACAGCAAACUUGUCUUUAACAUUGGUCUAUCACCAGCUAAAGUGGGUUUAUUUUUUAUAAUCAUUCUAAUGAAAAAUAGCGCUUAAUUAAUCCUGGCUACUUCAUUUGUUUAACUUUAAAUUGUUGUAAAAGUAUACUUAGAAUGUUUAUUAAUAAUAAUAAUAAUAAGUGGUCUUAUAUAGCGCGGUACCCCGGCCUAGGGCCGGGCUCACCGCGCUGUACAAAUAUAUAGCAAAGAGGCAUAAUCAUGAUAUUAAAAUAAAAUACAUAAAUGAAAUAAAAACAACAUAAAAGCAAAACAACACCAGAGGUAUAUUCACCCACCCACACCAGAAAUUUUACAAGGAAACCCUAUGUACGUUUAUCGGUUUAUAGGAGGGGAUCAGUCAGGGUAGUAUAGUUUAAAUAGAUGUGUUUUGAGUGCAGUUUUGAAGGCCUGUGUGGUUGGUAUAUUGCGGAUGUGUAGUGGCAAAGAAUUCCAUUGUUUGGGGGCGCAGAAAGAGAAAGAUCGUUCACCAUAUAAUUUAGUGCGUGUCUUGGGAACGGACAGAAUACGCGAGUCUGCGGAGGAGCGAAGUUGUCGAAGGGGUGAAUAGACAGAAAGAAGUUCAGUUAGAUAGGAAGGGCAGGAAUCUGAGAAAAAGUUGUGACAGAGAACAGACAGCUUGUAGUCAAUGCGUGCCUGUAUAGGGAGCCAAUGUAGUGAGUGGAGUAGUGGAGUGACGUGAUCGCGUUUUUUUGCCUUAAGAACAAGCCUAGCAGCAGAGUUUUGAACUUUCUGCAGUUUUUCUAUGAAAUGUUUCGGUGAACCUGACAGAAGUGAGUUGCAAUAGUCAAGACGAGAGAGAACAAGAGCACAGACUAGAGUUUUUGUUGCGCUAACUGUGAGGUAGUGGCGGAUGGAGCUGAUCUGACGGAUAGCGGUGUAUGCCGAACGACAAAUGUGAGAGAUAUGUUUAUCGAGAGACAUGUUGUUAGAAAGAAUAUAACCAAGAUUCCUAGCAGAGGGUGUAAACUGUAUGUCGGAGUUACCUACUUGAAAUGAGGUGGGAAGAGUUGAGGUAGAGGAUGAUUUGUGAUUGUAAAUGAGGAGUGCUUCUGUUUUGUCAUCAUUAAGCUUCAACUUGCUGAGUGUCAUCCAAGACUUGACAUCAUCAAUGCACCCCCGCAAAGUCUGGACAGCGGAAUCGACAAGAGAUGGAUGGGUAUGCAUGUAUAGCUGUGUAUCAUCUGCAAAUGACUGGUUCUCAACAGCAUGCCUCCCGAGCAAGAGGAGUAGUGGUCUGGUAUACAUUAUGAAUAGAACCGGACCCAAAACGGACCCCUGUGGCACUCCGUACACCAAAUCAGCACUGCCGGAGAGACAGCCAUCGACAGAGACCAUUUGCGUUCUAUCAGAGAGGUAGGACCUAAACCAAGCCAAAACCGAACCAGAAAUUCCAAAGUAGUUUUCAAGGGUUUUGAAAAGGAUUUCAUGGUCAACAGUGUCAAAGGCCGCACUGAGGUCUAAGAGGAUCAGAAUGGAGACAUUACCGCUGUCCAUUGCGCGCAAGAGGUCAUUACUGACUCUCAAGAGAGCUGUCUCCGUGCUAUGGAAAUGUCUAUAGGCCGACUGAUUAGAACUGAGAUUACCCCUGUGUUAAUUUUUUUUUUUUUAACUUCUUUCUAUUUUAAAAAACAAACAUUUAAGUAAGCAAAAAGUUGUUUUAGGACUAGUUUUUCAAUAACUUUAGAUAAAAAUGAUAAGUUAGAUACAGGUCUAUAGUUUUUCAAAUUAUUUUCAUCCAGACCGGGCUUCUUAAGCAAUGGUUUGAUGACAGCUGAUUUGCAAAGAGGUGGAAUAGUGCCAGAAUAUAAGCUUUCAUUUAUUAUGUGGGUUAUCGUUGGGAGCAAAAUAUCUAAUGACUCAACAAACAGGGGGUUGGGAUUGGAUCCAAAGAACAUGACGUAUGUUUAGAUUUUAAAAUUAUACGUUUGACCUCAAGUUCUGAAACAGGUUUAAAAAUAUUGAAAUGUGAAGUAAGACAAGGGAAAUGAGGCAAUUCAAGGGGUGGGGCAUCAAGACGAUCAAGCUCAGCGCGAAUGCCAGCUACUUUGCUUGUAAAGAAAUCACAGAAAAUAUCUGGUUGCUGGGCAGGGGAAACACCGAAGGAAGCGCAGUUCCUUUGUUACUCCCCGUAAGGUGACCACAAACAUCAAACAACUGCCUGCUGGUUUUACCCAUAGUUAUCUUUUGGCUAAAAUACGUAGUCUUAGCACGACAAACAAUCUCAGUGACACGCUUCUUGGCAGCGGAAAAGAUCUGCUUAAAAACCACAAGACCUGACCUCAACCACUUUUUUUCUGCACUACGGCGCUCUUUCUUGGCACUGCGUAGUUCCUCCCUUAUGGUGGCAUACCAGGGAGAUGACCGCUUUAAACUAAAAUUGCGGCGGGUGACAGGGGCGUGCCGGUCAAGCACCACGCGCAAUGCACGGUCUAGUGUUUCCAAUGUAGGGCAGAGGGUAGGGGACACUUCUACUCUUAGGUCAUGCUUAAAUGCAUCCCUGUUUAUAGUUCGCAGACUGCGCACCUCCCUAAACUGAGGGAGAGGGUUGGGGGCACUAACACUAAGUUCACAAAUAACACAGAAGUGGUCAGAGGACAGCUCUUUCCUCCCUAAACUGAGGGAGAGGGUUGGGGGCACUAACACUAAGUUCACAAAUAACACAGAAGUGGUCAGAGGACAGCUCUUGCGUGAUUGAAGUAGAUCUAACUACACCAUCUUGAGGCCUAUGUAGCACCCAGUCAAGAAUAUGUCCACGAUUAUGAGUCGGUUGGUCGACUGAUUGGUGAAGACUGAAUAAAUGCAAGAGAUCCAACAUCCUAGCAGUGGAGGGGUGCUGUGGUUGAUCAAAAUGAAAGUUCAUGUCGCCUAGUACAAUGUGAGUCCCGGUCAAUGUGUUGCAGUGGUCAAUCAAAUCCGGGAAUUCUCGAUGAAACACUGAGUCGGUCAAUUUAUUUUUCUUACUAGGGAAGGUGCGAUAUAUGCACAUGAAAUGAACUUUCUGCUGGGGCACUGACAGGGUAAAUUGAACUACCGCAAAAGAUGUGUGAACAAAUGGGAGGUCUGUGACAAAAGCUGUAAGAUUGGACAACAUGUUUCUAUAUAUAAUAGCAAGGCCUCCGCCGCGAGUUGACCGGGGAAAUGAUCUGGCAGAAUAGCCAUGUGGAGCGAGAUCGGCGCACUUCCCCUCAUCCCCUAAUUUUUCUUGCAAAAAUCUAUUUUACAAGGUCUGCUCUUCAUAAAAAUAAUCUAUUAGUUUCCGUCUGACAUAGAUAAUAAUUAUACAGUUAAACCAGUAAAAAAAAAAUUUCAAAUAUAUUGUUCUGGAGGAAAUUAAUUUACAGCAUACACUCUAUUUCAAUAAUUGAUAUUUAAAAGUAGUUACUGAACAAAAAAAAAUAUUGGGAAUUCCAUUUUUCAAAAGAGCAACCUUCUCUUUGCUACACAAUCGUGAUAACAGUGAAUAGCUUCUUUUGAAAUUGUAAAAAUUAAAUGUCCUCAAGGAUUCAUACAAUUUUUUAAAUGUAAAAAAUAUGACCCAAAACUAAAUUGUUUUAACUUUACAUAUACUUGAUGAAAUAAUAUUUUUUUGGCAUAAAGAAAUCCAAUCAUGCUAUUCAUUAUCUUAACCCUUUCAUUACCGCCGGUUUUGGGGAGGGGGGGGGGCAUCGAUUUUUGCUGACUCUGCAAUAAAACAUAUAUUAAAAAAAGAAAUAAAAAAAAGAAGAAGAAACUUUUGGUAUUUUUCAUUCUCUAUCCGAUUAGCUUAUUAACUUCUCUAUAGAUUAAGAAAUAAUUGAAAUAUAUAGCAUUAAAAUAUGACGUCAAAGUGACGUACUUUGUAUUUCAGCAAAGUUCUUUGCCUUUUUGUUAUGACGACAAUGUGACGUCCUUGGUAAUUGAAAGUGGGUGCUCGUGACAUUGCGUCUACGUCAUCGGUAACGAAAGGGUUAAAGAUGAUUAAAAUUCUAACCAUUGACUGGCCUAACCAUCCUUAAAUAUGAAAUAUAUGGCUAAACCUACAAACCCUUUCUUUGAUUUUGCAAGAAACUUAUUAACAAAAGUAACAUAUUUUCCCUUUCCAGUUACCAGAUCUAGUUGAAAAUAAUCCACUAGUUGCUAUUGAAGUUCUGCUGAAAUUGAUGAAUUCAACACAGAUUACAGAGUAAGUAGUGUGUUAUAAUUAAACAAUUUUUUAAUAGUAAUAUACAGCACUCCAAACGAUAAAUCAAAAUAAAAGGAAUCAACAGAUUCACCUCAGCUGUAUUAAUUUCAAAGAUUUCAUGCCCUAUUUUCUGCUCUCAGCUCCCUCAUUGUAAACAGGAAAUAUUGAACAUUAAAUCCCUUUGAAUAUUAUACUGUCUGCACAAAUAGUUGUUUGGGAUCAAUAUUUUCACAUACCGGUAUUUAAUGAAGUACAUGGUAUGUCAAAGCAGCAGAAUUAGUAGGGCUAUGGCAUUUUUUUUAUACAUGUUGAAGGGGGUUAAUGAAUUAUAUAUAAUAUGAAUACAUUUUAUUAUUAUAAUGUGUUCUACAGCUACUUUCAAGUUCUAGUCAAUAUGGAAAUGUCUCUGCAUUCAAUGGAGGUUGUCAACAGACUGACAACGGUAAGAAAUUAUUACACGUCAAAUAAUUGUUUAUAUUUACAAACAUAAUUUCUUUUCUGCCCUGCUUUAUUUUCAAGUUGGCUCUAUUUUCAUUUUCUGAUUUUUACUUAUUAAUAAAAGAAUGAAGAAAAUUUAUUUAGUGAAUUUUAAGGUUGCUGGGUAUUUCAAACUGAAUUUACCGGUAACAUAGGUUAAAAAUGUAACAGUGGUACACAACACAUGCUUAAUCUAUCAAGCAGUAGGAUUUAUGUCUAACUUCACAACAUUUCAUAUUUUGAUAAAGAAUCCUAUCAAAUGCUUUAGUCUUCGCUUCGGUUGCAGUCUUCUUAAUAAAUUUUUUAAAAACAGAUUAUCUUAUUAACUAACUAUACUGAUUUUGUGUAAAGUAAUUCUUCCAAUAGCAGAAAGGACUUUUGUUUAUGAAAUCUAUUUCUUCCCACAGCAAGUGGAACUGCCUUCCGAGUUCAUACAUUUGUACAUUUCCAACUGCAUAACAACCUGUGAAACAAUAAAAGACCGAUAUUUUCAGAACAGAUUAGUUCGUCUCACCUGUGUUUUUCUUCAGUCUCUCAUACGAAAUCGAACUAUUGAUGUUAAGGUAAAAUUUUGCUUUUCGUUGUCAUAUUUUCAGAACAGUUUACUUUUUUAAAAUUUCCAGUCACUAUAGCAACUUACAUUUUCCUUCAAAAUAAAGUAAUUUAAAAAUGAUGCCUUUGUAUUCUGUGAAAUCCAAUUAGUUUGUAUGUGAUAAAUUCUACGUAAUAUUUUUUCAGGAUAUUUUUAUUGAGGUUCAGGCAUUUUGCAUAGAAUUUAGCCGUAUACGGGAGGCUGCAGCUUUGUUUCGGCUACUGAAAUCACUGGAUAAUGAAAAAGAGCCAUCAAGCACUGGACGAUAAUGUUUCCUGUUAAAUAAAUUUAAACUUGUUCUAGAUGCUAUUUAAUUAAAAUUGUAUGACUUUUUAAAAAAU